CUUGAUGGGCUGUUCCGGAUGUAACGCCUACCUCCCUCCUCUCCUGUGAUCCUCUUAUGUACUAGAAGGCGGCUAAGAUGGAUACUGUAAACCAGUUGGUGGCAACAGGGCAGUUUGGUGUCAUCAAGCAACCCCUGGCAUUUAUAAAGAUUUUACAAUGGAUAUUUUCCAUCUUUGCAUUCUCCACGUGCGGUGGCUACUCGGGCAAGUUCGAGCUGAGCGUGGAGUGCAAGAAUCGGUCAGAGAGUGACCUGGCAUUAGAGGUGGAGUUUGCAUACCCCUUCAGGCUGCACCAGGUGUACUUUGACGCGCCCACCUGCAGGGGGGAGAAACCCGAGCGGCUCUUCCUGGAGGGAGACUACUCGGGCUCGGCCGAGUUCUUCGUCACCAUUGCGGUCUUCUCAUUCCUCUACUCCAUGGUUGCCAUCGCCGUGUACCUGUUCAUCAUGGAGAAGUACAAGGAGAACAAUAGGGGCCCUCAGGUGGACUUUGUCGUCUCGGCGGUAUUCACCUUCAUGUGGCUAGUCUGCUCCUGUGCCUGGGCGAAGGGCCUGUCCAACGUCAAGGUGGCCACAGAUCCCGAAAACGUCAAGACGCUCAUUGAAGCCUGCGACCGGGAGGAGAACCGCUGCCGCGAGGUUGCCGACCCGGUGGUGUCCGGCCUCAACACUUCAGUGGCAUUUGGCUUCAUCAAUCUGAUCCUGUGGGGAGGGAACCUGUGGUUCAUCUUCAAGGAGACGGGUUGGAUGGGUGCCUUCGCUGGCACCUAUGUGCCCUCGGGCGAGAAGCCCCCCGCGCCCGAUGCCUUCGGCCAGCAGCAGGGCUACGGGGAAGGCUACGGCCAGCAGGACCAAUACGCUGGCUCCCAGGGCGGGUAUCAGCCCGAAUACGGCCAGGAAGGCGGUUACAGCGAGGGGGGCUACAACCAGGGCGGCUAUGAACAGGAGCCUACUUCCUUCUCCAAUCAGAUGUGAGCCUGGAGGACGAUUGACGGCUCUGUUGAGGGGUUGGAGUUAUAAUUACAGCAUGUGGGACCUGCCAGCUACCCACAAAUCCUCACUCCUCCAUCUGUCUGUUUGUUUAUAUGUAAGCUGACCAAUGAAUGAGGGAGGGAAAGGGGGACAGGGAAUCUGACAUUCCUUUUAUAAAAGGUGUGGCCUGAUGGAAUUGGAAAGAGUCCUUGUUUUGAUGCGAUGUAGAGCUAUUCCAGUUUGCAUCUGAGUUUGAGUGGAUGUGCCACUUAUUAAGGCUGAUUCACCCAACCUCUCACCGAGUCAGUUGCUAUCUAGCAUAAUAUUCAACCACAGGAACAAGCUAGCGCUUAUAUAAGCUGACAAAGAAGAAAC